CACAUUGUCUAUAUAUAUUUGACAAUGUGUGUGUGUGUGUGUGUGUGUGUGUGUGUGUAAUGAACGAUAUAUGAUCUGGAAUUAACACAAAAGAUCUCUCUUUGAUCAUUGUCGGAUCUUCUUUCAAUGAAUCUUGCGAUCGCUAUCUGCAACCAAUUACGAGAAGAGAUUAUGUUUUGUUUAAGAAAGUAUUGUACAGAAGUACAAGACAUUCAGGAUGAAUUUUUCGAAAUUACGCCAAGUGGACGAUACCGAAUAACCGUGCGAUGUCGAGAUCGAGCGCACACGUGCAAACAUCUAUGCACGACCAAAGUGGACGAGCGGAUAAAAAUAUACGCGAGUCAGAGAUUCGAUUGCGAAUGUACAUACACUUCGAAGACCGGCUGUCAAGGUAGAACGCGUAGCGCGAGAGGGCAACGGCCGGGCAUCGUACUUGAGAGAUCGCGAAGCGAAGUGAAGGCUAAAAGGUGACGGAGACGAGAAUAGGACGCUAGUCUUGCGAGCUGUCCACGUUUGUACCGGUUUGUCCACGCACGCCAGCAUGCUUGGAUCGUCACGUUCGAGACGAGUAAACCGGCUAUCGGGCGAUGUAGGUCCCCGCCGGAGAGGCCCCCCCGUGCGUUCGGAACGAGGACCGUAGCUUCCGCCGUUGGGCAUUUUUCAGUCGUACCUCGUGAGGAUCGAUCGCGGUCGCGCCACGACGACGAUCAUGCAGCACGCCCUAUGCAGCCUCCUCGUUAUCGCGGCCUGUCGCGUUACCGCCGCAACACCCACGCCGAUUAGAGCGGCGACUUACGACCAGAGGCAGACCGGCGACCUGAACGUGCAGGUAGCGCUCAAGGACCUGCGUGUAGUCGCGCUGCUCGACUCCAAACUCUUGGAAGAUUAUACGGAUUAUGAUUACUUCUACGAUUACGCAGACUUCACCAUCAAGCCGGGCGGCAACAGGCCCACCUCAAGUCCCACCACGGAAAACAGCGAUAUUACAGAAGUUUCCGAGUCUCUUUCGUCGCCAAAUUUGACUAUCUCGACGUCUUCUGGUAAUGUAAAUUCAACUGAAUACCGUAAUACAACGUUACCGAAUGACGAAGAAAUCCCGAAUGUUGAUCCAUCGAACGGUAUCGCGAACUUGACAUCAAAUAUGGAUAACGAUAAGAGCCAAUCGAGUGAAGAGAACGGAGAGUCCAAAGCAGCAGUCGCUUCUUCGUCUAUGAUGAAAUCUGCUGUACGAUCACAAAAGCGUUGUAAAUCCGGAUAUAUUCCAAAUGGCAACGGACGUUGUCGACGAGCACGUCGGCCGUGGUUGUCCUUGUUGCCGAGAAAACGCAACAUCAAUCUCGCAUCGUAGAAGCUUGUAAUUCUUCUUUCGAUUAUUUUGGCUCUCGACUUCUGCGGCUAAUUGUUACGUAUAAGAACAAAUUCAUUUAAACUUUAGAAU